GCGUCGCGUGCUACACAUAUAUUUUGUCCUUAAAGCCGCACACUCCCUCGCCGAACUUCCACAAAUCACAAUGACCAAAUCGAGCAAAAAGAAGAGGUACAAGUUGAUCGAUAAAUUUAUUGCUUAUCUAGAAAUAGGAGAUCAGGCCUUGGAUAUAAAAAGUUAUAAUUGUGAAAUUUGCUAUAAGCCUUUCAAAAUGAAGCACCAUCUAGUAAGGCACAAAAUGAUUCACUCAGGUGAAAAACCAUUCAAAUGUGAAUUAUGCCAGACAUAUCACCGAGAUUUGUCAAAUCUGAAGUCCCAUUCUCUUAGUUGGCAUUCUAAUGAAAAGCGAUUCAUGUGUGUUACAGAAAAAUGUGAAAAAAAACCUAAAAAAUUUAAAAAACUAUCUCAUUAUAUGACACACAUAAGAACACACAUAGGAUAUGAAUAUCGAUGCAGUAUGUGUAAGAAUAAAUAUUCAACCAAUGGAAAUGUCAAUCGACAUAAAAAACACAAACAUAAUGUUUUGCCAAAAUAUGAUAAAUAA